UCCCAGGUGCGUACACACCUCCUUCUACUCCUUCUCCUCUCAGGGAACAAUGUCCAACCUGCUCCCUCCUCUCAUUCCUCUGGACACAACAAGGAAACGAGGAGGAGGAGGAGGAAGAGGAGGAGGAAGAAGAGAGGGAGGAGGAGGAGGAGGAAGAGAAGCAUGAGACGUUUUACCGGAAUCAGGUGAAACAGUGGUGUGUUUGUCUUCUGCUGAGUGAGGAGGAGACACAGAGACAGAGGGACAGAGGGACAGACAGAGGGACAGACAGGUGAGGAAGAAGAAGAAGAAGAUGUUGUCCUUCCUGCGCUCAGUGAGAGAUCCCACACCUGAGAGCAUCCACAUCUCCUCUCUGCCGCCCAGUUUGCCCGACUAUCAGGAGGCCGGACGCACCGCAGCACCCGCUCCAGAUGUGUCGGCAGAGAGAGAGUGUGUGAGUGUGAUCCAGACGACACACACUCACCGAGGCUCCGCUCCGUACCUCUUCCUCCAGAGGCAGAACAAUGACCCUGUUUCUACCACGUACUUCAACCAGAAGGUCCCUGUUCCCGACAACGACAGUGAGACGAGCUUCAGCCUGCGGAAGCUGUGGGCCUUCACCGGGCCGGGCUUUCUCAUGAGCAUCGCAUACCUGGACCCAGGGAACAUCGAGUCCGACCUGCAGUCCGGCGCUAAAGCUGGCUUCAAGCUCCUCUGGGUGCUGCUGGGCGCCACCAUCAUCGGCCUGCUGCUGCAGAGGUUGGCGGCGCGCCUGGGCGUGGUCACGGGGAUGCACCUGGCUGAAGUCUGCAACCGCCAGUACCACAAGGUGCCGCGCAUCAUCCUGUGGUUGAUGGUGGAGCUGGCCAUCAUCGGCUCGGACAUGCAGGAAGUCAUCGGCUGUGCCAUCGCCUUCAACCUUCUCUCCAGCGGCAGGAUUCCCCUGUGGGGCGGCGUGCUCAUCACCAUCGUCGACACCUUCGUCUUCCUCUUCUUGGACAAGUACGGUCUGAGGAAGCUGGAAGCCUUCUUUGGUUUACUCAUCACGGUCAUGGCCAUCACGUUUGGAUACGAGUAUGUGACAGUGCGUCCGGACCAGGGUCAGCUGCUGACGGGGAUGUUCGUGCCGUACUGCCAGGGCUGCGGGCCCGUCCAGAUGACUCAGGCCGUCGGCAUCGUGGGAGCCGUCAUCAUGCCUCACAACAUCUACCUCCACUCCGCUCUCGUCAAGUCUCGAGAAGUGGAUCGGUCGAACAAGAAGGAUGUCAGAGAGGCCAACAAAUACUUCUUCAUCGAGUCGACCGUCGCCCUCUUUGUCUCUUUCCUCAUUAACGUCUUCGUGGUGGCGGUUUUCGCCGAGGCGUUCUACGAUCGCACAAACAUGGAGGUGUACAACGUCUGCAAUCAUUCAGGAAGUCCACAUUCACAUCUGUUCCCUCUGGACAAUCAAACUCUGGAGGUGGACAUCUUUAAAGGAGGAGUGGUGCUGGGCUGUUUCUUUGGCCCAGUGGCGCUCUACAUCUGGGCCGUGGGGAUCCUCGCAGCUGGUCAGAGCUCCACCAUGACUGGAACGUACUCUGGACAGUUUGUUAUGGAGGGUUUCUUGAACCUGCGCUGGUCUCGUUUCGCUCGGGUGUUGUUGACCCGCUCCAUCGCCAUCACGCCCACCCUGCUGGUGGCCAUCUUCCAGGACGUGCAUCAGCUCACGGGCAUGAACGACUUCCUCAACGUGCUGCAGAGCAUGCAGUUGCCGUUCGCCCUCAUUCCCAUCCUCACGUUCACCAGUCUGCCUUCUCUCAUGAACGAGUUUGCCAACGGACUCGUGUACAAGAUCGGCGGGGGGGCGGUGAUCCUGCUCGUCUGCUCCAUCAACAUGUACUUCGUUGUGGUCUACGUGACGACUCUGGACAGCGUUUGGCUCUACGUGCUGGCAGCGCUGCUCUCUGUGGCAUACCUGACAUUUGUGGGAUAUUUGGCGUGGCUGUGCCUGAUCGCUCUGGGAGUUUCUUUUCUGGAUCCGACCACACGGAGAGCAAACGACACCACCAUCCUGAUCGAGCAGCAGCCGGAGUUCGAUUCCUGAACCACGUGUGUGCGUGGACGUUCGUCACAAAGGUGCAGCUGUGAACCACCUGACCGUUUGACCACACGGUGCUGAAUUAUUUAUAAAAGACGUCUCUUCAAGUGUCAGACGGUAAUUUUGUUGUGAUUUUACAAAUAGUAACACAAAUGAUAUUCAUUUAUCAAUUACCGUCACACAAAGGCUGUAAACAGAAUUACAUUUCAAUAGGUUUAAUAUCUUGGGGCGACCAGAAGUUUUUUAGGAACUCCACAUCCAGUGUUUCCAAAAACAAGAUGAGCACCUUCCGAGCGAUUUCUAUGAACUCAGCGUAUCUGUCAGUGAAUCUGUGACCAAUCCAAUAACAUCAGGUUCUAGUGAAUUUAAAUGUUUUCAUUGUUUUUUACAACAAUUAUUAUUGGUUUUCUUCUCUUAUUGGAAAUCAACACUAAUUUACUUGUUCGUUUUAAUUUAUUUAACGUGACCAUGAUAAACCAUGAUGAACAAAACGGCUGCUCGCAGCACAAAGGAAGGGACAUUCUUCAGAAAGUACCCAGUGUACAAAUACCUUGUACUGACUACGAUGCUGCCGCCUACAUUUAUGUGACCUAGUUCUUUUCAAAUGAUUUGUUACUGAACGUUUACUGGAUCUGAUGCUGACGGACUGAAGCUCUGCACGAAGAGAAAUCUCCUGACUUUAUUUUACAAGGAUUGAACUUUACCUCAUUACGGGAUUUGUGAGGAAAUAGAACUCAGUGUUUUUGAAGCCCUGCAGAUACUCUGUGUGUGUGUGUGUCUGUGUGUGUGUGUGUCUGUGUGUGUGUAGUUUCUCUUUUGGUCACAGGGAGGCAGCGGAGGCCACAGCAGAGAAUCCUCAGCUCCAGCCUCAACCACUGGAACUGUACAACACAUUUUAAAUACCAUGGUGUGUUACAUCACGUGUUGUUGUAUUGUAGAAGUAUCUGCAGUGACGGGACUCGUCUGUGAUGUUCUGACCGUACGUUCAGCUGCUGGUUUGUCUGAGCAGUCGCAGCGAUUGUGCAACUGCAAAUGAGCACCGCUGGUUCCAGUUCCGCUCGAAUUCCAGUCCUGAAGAGCCUCAGCCUCUGCGUGGUGAGGUGAAGUGGACGGACGGGUUUUUCUUUGCAUUGUGGCGGGGAACUUUUAUUUUUCUCUCCCUCCCCUCCCUGUCAUGGAGGCAGAGUUAUGUAAGAGCUGAGGGAGAGUCUUCCCACCGCCCCUCUCUGUUUUUGUUUUUCUCAAUGAGCCAAUGUCUCCCUGCCGAGGCCUCACAGCCUGUCCAGUAGGCCCCUUUCCUGGAAACACUGCCUAGGAGAGGCCACUCAGGGGCAGGCCUGCAAG